UAAAAUCUUGGAGGAAAUAUAUCUGAGUUUCUUAACUGUUCAUCUGUAAAGAAACGGAAAACGCAAAAACAUAAACAGCAUGAACAAAUUUUCAUACGCUGAUGUUUGUUUCCAUGAAGCUUUUAUCUAUUAUGUUAUCUCAAAACGUGGUAGCAUGCGAAAAUGAUGUAAAUAUCCGGUAAAAUCAAACUUACUCAGAUUAUUCAUAGCAAUCCCGGAUUAAUAAUUCAAGUUCUAAACGUUAUUAAACUGGAUAUUGGGGGUAAUACGUCAUUGAAAGUAAAGAUGAGGCCAACAUUAAUAUUUCUUGUUGUGGACGUUUUCAUCCACUCUUCUACCAUUAGUGUGCAAGCGCAUUCCUCCACAAGAUGUAUUUACGCAUGUGGAAACACAUUUUCAUCUAAUUUGCGACAGACGUGUCGCGAAUGCUCUGCCGACCCACCCAUUGACUACGACAUGUGCAGUAACGCUUGUGGCAACACCUUCUCCAGCUUUCUGAGACAGAUAUGUGACCAAUGUGCUAUACGUGUUAAUCCUACAAGCAGAAUGUGUAUAAAAGCUUGCGGUAACACGUAUUCUAGUCAAUAUCAGCGUAUAUGCAACCGAUGUGUUGUCGACCCGCCCGUUGACUACGACAUGUGCAGUAACGCGUGCAGCAACACAUAUUCAAGGAACCUAAGACAUAUAUGUGACAUGUGCGCAAUACGUGUACCUUUGACUGACAGAAUGUGUAGAAAAGCUUGUGGAAACACGUACACCAGUCAGUAUCUGCGUAUAUGCAGCCGUUGCGUUCAGACACCGCCAAUCACAGAUGCGAUGUGUAUACAUGCUUGCGGUAACACAUUUAAUGCGUACUUACGUCAGAUUUGUCGGCAAUGUGUUGCAUCACCACCAAUUACUGAUGCAAUGUGUGUGCAUGCAUGUGGAAAUACAUACUCUCAGAACUAUCGACUGAUUUGCAGGAUGUGCAAUUAAACGUUCCAUUCGAUAGGUAUACAAGUACCUUACCUACAGACAGCUGUUAAAAUGCAGAGGAAGAAUGAACAAUCUGUAUAUAUUUAUUGCAACAAGCAGUAGUUGUUAUGGUCCUUUUUGUUAUAGUAUUAUGUUAUAACAUAAAUUUCAGAUCAAGAUAAAUCCAACCCUUAACUGCCCUUUGACAAACUGUUGGUCAUGAUAAUAACUGUUUUAAAAUUCUAAACUCUCUAUACAGAGAGCCAUAUGACAAAUCAGAAUACAAAAAUCUUGCGUUUUCUGGUCCCGGCUGAAUAGUUCAAGCUAUGUUUCAUAAACAACUGCCGGAAGUGAUUUAAUGAUAUCGACGAACACAGACAUUGUUUACUUAAACUGCUUUCCUGCUCUCUUUUUUAUUAAAGGCACAUCAUGUCUCAGAAA